CCCACGGCUGGCGGCUGUUCCAGGUGAACGGCGCAGCGGUCGUGGAGGUCCUCUGCGUGCAGCCGGCGCCCGUGACAGCGGCGCCGCUUUGCCGGCAAUCCCUUCUCCCGGCGGCUGCCGACCUCAGUUGGGAGGCCGCAUCGCCUGGCGAAAUGGGAGGCGAGGCGGCGUCCGCGGCGACCGUGAGCUCUGAGGGCCGCGUGAAGAGCCUGGGUCUGGUGUUCGAGGAUGAGCGUAAGGGCUGCUACUCGAAUGGCGAGACGGUGGCUGGGCACGUGCUACUGGAGGCAGCCGAGCCAGUGACCCUGCGCGCGCUUCGCCUAGAGGCCCAGGGCGGCGCCACCGCAGCUUGGGGGCCAAGCGCUGGCGCCCGCGCCUCGGUCAGCGCCCCGGCCCUAGCCGCAGCUUCAGAGGUGGAGUAUCUGAACGUGCGUUUGUGCUUGCGCGAGCCUCCAGCAGGUGAAGGCAUCAUUUUAUUACAGCCUGGAAAACAUGAAUUUCCAUUUAGCUUUCAACUUCCAACUGAACCUUUAGUAACCUCAUUCACCGGGAAGUAUGGAAGCAUUCAGUACUGUGUGAAGGCAGUUUUGGAACGACCCAUGGUCCCUGAUCAGAGUGUGAAGCGGGAACUCCAGGUUAUUAGUCACAUCGAUGUCAACACACCAGCACUGUUAACCCCUGUAUUGAAAACUCAAGAGAAAAUGGUUGGCUGUUGGUUUUUCACUUCUGGUCCUGUCUCGCUGAGUGCCAGAAUUGAAAGAAAGGGAUACUGUAAUGGAGAAGCUAUUCCAAUCUAUGCAGAAAUAGAGAAUUGUUCCUCUCGUCUGAUUGUUCCCAAAGCUGCCAUUUUCCAAACCCAGACAUAUUUGGGGAGUGGAAAAACAAAGACCAUCCGUCACAUGGUUGCCAAUGUGCGGGGUAACCACAUUGCUUCUGGGAGCACAGACACAUGGAAUGGGAAGACCCUGAAGAUCCCGCCUGUUACCCCAUCCAUCCUGGAUUGCUGCAUUAUCCGAGUGGACUAUUCCUUAGCUGUGUAUAUUCACAUUCCUGGUGCUAAAAAAUUGAUGCUGGAGCUGCCAUUAGUGAUUGGUACGAUCCCAUAUAAUGGUUUUGGCAGCAGAAACUCCAGUGUUGCCAGCCAGUUCAGUGUAGAUAUGAGCUGGUUGACACUGACACUGCCAGAACAGCCUGAAGCACCACCAAAUUAUGCAGAUGUGGUAUCAGAGGAGGAAUUCUACCAGCACUAUCCUCAGCCUCCUAGCUGUGAGGGAGGAACAUGUUGUCCUAUGUUUGCCUGCAUACAGGAAUUCCGGUUUCAGCCUCCACCUCUUUAUUCAGAGGUUGACCCACAUCCUACUGAUGUUGAGGAAACUCAGCCUGUUUCAUUCAUUCUCUGA